GAGCUGAAGCCGGCAAACAUGGCCGCCAACUCGUUUCGGCCCCGGGCCCUGACUGCCCUGGCAGGGUUGUUGGCCUUGUCCUUCGGCAGCUUGGCCGAUAGUCGGAUCGAGGAUCAAGCAGAACAGUUCUUUAGAAGUGGCCAUACAAACAACUGGGCUGUUUUGGUGUGUACAUCCCGAUUCUGGUUUAACUAUCGACAUGUUGCAAAUACUCUUUCUGUUUAUAGAAGUGUCAAGAGGCUAGGUAUUCCUGACAGUCACAUUGUUCUGAUGCUUGCAGAUGAUAUGGCAUGCAAUGCUAGAAAUCCCAAACCAGCUACAGUGUUCAGUCACAAGAAUAUGGAACUAAAUGUGUAUGGAGAUGAUGUAGAAGUGGAUUAUAGAAGUUAUGAGGUGACUGUGGAGAAUUUUUUACGGGUGUUAACUGGGAGGGUCCCGCCUGGUACUCCUCGAUCAAAACGUCUUCUUUCUGAUGAUAGGAGCAAUAUUCUUAUUUAUAUGACAGGACAUGGUGGAAAUGGUUUCUUGAAAUUUCAAGAUUCUGAAGAAAUUACCAACAUAGAACUUGCAGAUGCUUUUGAACAAAUGUGGCAGAAAAGACGCUACAAUGAGCUACUGUUUAUUAUUGAUACUUGUCAAGGAGCGUCCAUGUAUGAGCGAUUUUAUUCUCCUAACAUAAUGGCUUUAGCUAGUAGCCAAGUGGGAGAAGAUUCACUCUCGCAUCAGCCUGAUCCUGCAAUUGGAGUCCACCUUAUGGAUAGAUACACAUUUUAUGUCUUGGAAUUUUUGGAAGAGAUUAAUCCAGCUAGCCAAACUAAUAUGAACGACCUUUUUCAGGUAUGUCCCAAAAGUCUAUGUGUGUCUACUCCUGGACAUCGCACUGAUCUUUUUCAGAGGGAUCCUAAAAAUGUCCUGAUAACUGAUUUCUUUGGAAGUGUACGGAAAGUGGAAAUCACAACAGAGACUAUUAGUUUGCAACCAGAUUUGGGAAUCAUGGAAAGCAGUAAUAAGGAAGACCAGAUCGAUGAAGAACGAAUGGAACCUCUGAAAUAUGCUGAACAGCUUCCUGUAGCUCAGAUAAUACACCAGAAACCAAAGCUGAAAGAUUGGCAUCCUCCUGGGGGUUUUAUUCUGGGAUUAUGGGCCCUCAUUAUCAUGGUUUUCUUCAAAACUUAUGGAAUCAAACAUAUGAAGUUCAUUUUCUAGACGCAGGGAUGUGUGAAGAAGACUGUGUGGGAGACUGCAACCUUGGUAUUAUCAACUCUUUCCCUCUCCUUGGAUAUUCUUCAAGAACACAUUCGGAGUGACUACAUAGUCUCCAUUUUAUGAAUGUACAGUAAUUUAUUUAACACUCUUCUAUUGUUGGAUCACUUAUCUUGUUCCCAAAAUUUUCCUUUGGUUCAUUCUUUAAUGUGUUAAUAUUUUACUGUCAGCCAUUCAUGGAAUUCUGCAGCUUUAAUUAUAAGUAAAUAUGAAAAAGUAGUUUCUUAAUUUACGGUACUGACAGUCUCCAGUACCUUAUUUGCUGUCAGUUUAUUGGAAACUUUAAGACCUUUGGGAAUUUCACAUUUUGACUGCUCAAGAGGAGCAAACCCCAUCGUUUUUCAUUUCUAAGCCUUCUGUGAUCCUCUGGAAUUGCUGUGAUCCUCUGAAAUUGAUCACCUCUUCUUUGGUUUCCACGCUGGAAGAGAUUGUUUCGUUCUGUUUAAGGUAAACCUUGCCCACUGGUUGGAUCUACACUCUUCCUGAGACAAUCCUGUAAAGUGGAUAGACUGUAUGGAAAGUUCACUGUGGGCCUGCCUUUGUGUCUCAUCUGUAUCACAUGAGGCAGGAAGCCCCUUUCUGGUCUCUGACAGAUGCAAGAGCUCAUAGCCCCAUCACUGAUUUGUCAGCUUACCAGCCUUCUUCAUGUCUGGCAAUAGUAUUGAGAUUGUGCUUUGUUAUCAGCCCUAGAUAUUAUUUUUUUGCAUGUAAGGGGGAAAAACCCCUAAAAGUUGAGUAUUCAUGUCCCUGAGGAUACCUUUUUGUAUUUUACCUGUUCUAUCUAAGAACUUAUGUGUUAAUCUUUAAUCAUUACAAAGAUCUGUUUUAUAAUUGUAGGUAACAAGAAGACAACUCUUGCUCCACAAUAAAACCUUUUAAAAUUAA